CGUCCCCCCCUCACGUCCCCCGGUCCCCGCCGAGCUCAACAUGGACCCGGGCCCCGGCGAGGAGCCCCGCGCCUCCACAUCCUCCGCCACGGCCGCCGCGCAGGAGCCCGGCGCCGAGGAGAAAAAUGAUCCCCCAUUCCAGCUCAAACUUCCUCCAAAGGCAGCUAGACCUGAAAAAGAAGUUGACCCAGAAUAUGAAGAGAAGAUGAAAGCAGAUCGAGCAAAAAGAUUUGAAUUCCUCCUGAAGCAGACAGAACUUUUUGCACAUUUUAUUCAACCUGCAGCACAAAAAUCACCAACAUCUCCACUGAAAGUCAAGCUGGGGCGGCCACGGAUGAAGAAAGAUGAGAAACAGAGUUUGAUUUCAGCUGGGGAGUACCGCCACAGGCGCACGGAGCAGGAGGAGGAUGAGGAGCUCUUGUCCGAGAGUCGGAAAACAUCCAACGUGUGCAUUCGGUUUGAGGAGUCCCCCUCGUAUGUGAAAGGAGGAACACUAAGAGAUUAUCAGGUUAGAGGUCUGAACUGGAUGAUAUCAUUGUAUGAAAAUGGAGUUAAUGGCAUUCUGGCAGAUGAAAUGGGGCUCGGGAAGACUCUGCAGACCAUAGCUUUGCUGGGCUAUCUGAAGCAUUACAGAAACAUUCCUGGGCCACACAUGGUCCUGGUUCCAAAAUCAACUCUGCACAACUGGAUGAAUGAGUUCAAGCGCUGGGUUCCGUCCUUACGUGCUGUCUGCCUCAUUGGAGAUAAAGAUGCCAGAGCUGCAUUUAUCCGUGAUGUUAUGAUGCCUGGUGAAUGGGAUGUUUGUGUUACAUCGUAUGAAAUGGUAAUUAAAGAGAAAUCAGUCUUCAAGAAAUUUAACUGGAGGUACCUGGUAAUCGAUGAAGCCCACAGAAUAAAGAAUGAGAAGUCUAAGCUGUCAGAGAUCGUUCGUGAGUUCAAGACAACAAAUCGAUUGCUGCUUACAGGAACUCCUUUACAGAAUAACCUCCACGAGCUGUGGGCAUUACUCAAUUUCCUUUUACCUGAUGUCUUCAACUCUGCAGAUGAUUUUGACUCAUGGUUUGACACCAAAAAUUGCCUUGGUGAUCAGAAACUCGUAGAAAGACUUCAUGCUGUUUUGAAGCCGUUUCUCUUACGUCGCAUAAAAGGUGAAGUAGAGAAGAGUUUGCCUCCAAAGAAGGAAGUCAAAAUUUAUCUUGGGCUCAGCAAAAUGCAGAGAGAAUGGUACACCCGGAUCCUGAUGAAAGACAUCGAUAUCCUGAAUUCAGCUGGCAAGAUGGACAAGAUGCGCCUGCUGAACAUCCUGAUGCAGCUGAGGAAGUGCUGCAACCACCCCUACCUGUUCGACGGGGCUGAGCCCGGCCCUCCCUACACCACUGACACCCACCUCAUCACCAACAGCGGGAAAAUGCUGGUGCUGGACAAGCUGCUGGCCAAGCUCAGGGAGCAGGGCUCCAGAGUGCUGCUCUUCAGCCAGAUGACUCGCCUGCUGGAUAUUUUGGAAGAUUACUGCAUGUGGCGUGGGUAUGAGUACUGCAGGCUGGAUGGGCAGACACCACACGAGGAGAGAGAGGAAGCAAUUGACACAUUUAAUGCCCCCAACAGCAGUAAAUUCAUUUUCAUGCUGAGUACCAGAGCUGGGGGUCUUGGAAUUAAUUUGGCAACUGCUGAUGUGGUUAUUCUCUAUGAUUCAGAUUGGAACCCUCAAGUAGAUCUGCAGGCCAUGGACCGUGCGCAUCGUAUUGGUCAAAAGAAACCAGUACGGGUGUUCCGACUUAUCACUGAUAAUACUGUUGAAGAGAGGAUUGUAGAAAGAGCUGAAAUAAAACUGAGGCUGGACUCUAUAGUUAUACAACAAGGCAGGCUGAUAGACCAGCAGUCCAACAAACUGGCCAAGGAUGAGAUGCUGCAGAUGAUCCGGCACGGGGCCACGCACGUGUUCGCCUCCAAGGACAGCGAGCUGACAGAGGAGGACAUCUCCACCAUCCUGGAGAGAGGGGAAAAGAAGACAGCUGAAAUGAAUGAACGAUUGCAGAAAAUGGGAGAGAGCUCCCUACGAAAUUUCACCAUGGACACAGAGAUGAGCUUGUACAACUUUGAAGGUGAAGAUUACAGAGAAAAACAAAAGCUGAGCAUGAUGGAAUGGAUUGAGCCCCCAAAAAGGGAACGCAAGGCCAAUUAUGCAGUGGAUGCUUAUUUCAGAGAAGCCCUGCGUGUCAGUGAACCAAAAGUCCCAAAGGCUCCACGACCUCCAAAACAACCAAAUAUUCAGGAUUUUCAGUUUUUCCCGCCAAGGUUAUUUGAACUUCUGGAAAAGGAAAUUCUGUAUUACCGUAAAACUAUAGGAUAUAAGGUGCCCAGGAAUCCUGACCUCCCAAACGCAGCUCAGGUACAAAAGGAGGAACAGAAGAAGAUAGAUGAGUCUAUGCCUCUGAACACUGAGGAAAGUGAAGAGAAAGAAAAGCUUCUGACACAGGGUUUUACCAACUGGAAUAAAAGAGAUUUUAACCAGUUCAUUAAAGCUAAUGAGAAGUAUGGGCGUGAUGAUAUAGACAAUAUUGCCCGUGAGGUGGAAGGAAAGUCACCUGAGGAGGUCAUUGAGUACUCAGCUGUUUUCUGGGAACGUUGUAAUGAACUGCAGGACAUUGAGAGGAUUAUGGCUCAGAUUGAGCGAGGAGAGGCGAGAAUUCAACGCAGGAUCAGUAUCAAGAAAGCCCUGGAUGCCAAAAUUGCGAGGUACAAAGCGCCUUUCCACCAGCUACGCAUUCAAUAUGGCACGAACAAAGGGAAGAACUACACGGAGGAGGAGGACAGGUUCCUGAUCUGCAUGCUGCACAAGAUGGGCUUCGACAAGGAGAACGUGUACGAGGAGCUGCGGCAGUGCGUGCGCAACGCGCCGCAGUUCCGCUUCGACUGGUUCAUCAAAUCCAGGACUGCCAUGGAGUUCCAGAGACGCUGCAAUACUCUCAUAUCACUAAUAGAAAAAGAAAACAUGGAAAUUGAGGAGAAAGAAAGAGCUGAAAAGAAGAAAAGAGGAGCAAAAGUUACAGCAUCACAGAAGAGAAAAGCAGAUUUGGCUGCUGAGAACUCUGGAAAAAAAGAUGCUAAAAAAGUGAAGUCGUGAACCUGACAACUGAAUGCUAAACUGCCACUUCUUCACUCCAUUUAUGUGUAUUAAUUGCCAACUUUGUAUUCAUGGUACUCUCCCCCAAGUCCCAUGCUUUAAUUUUGCAAAUUUUGUACCCCUUACAACGCCUUUCUUUACCUAAAAUGUGUAGCUUUAUAUCUUAUGCAUUCCAGUAUUUUUGUGUACUGUAUUUUGUGAGUUUCAUGUCUUGGGCAAAAUUCACUCAGUCCUGGGUUUUUUGAAGCUUGUGCUGAGGUUUUAGCUUUUAUAUGUUUUAUAUGCUGCUGCUUUGGAAGAAAACCUAGAUUCUAUAGCUGUAUUAUUGUUGUUUCAUAUUUUAAAUUUAUAUAGCUGUUGGAAAAUAAACUGACUUAAUUAUUUGAAGAGAAAUAUACUUCACCUUUGUUUUCCCUCCCCUCUCUCCCUUUUUUGCAUAGCUACAUUUAGAGAGAAUGUUAAGGUUUGUAUAAUUGUGCCUUCAUCAUCAAUCAGAUUUUUUUUUCAGAGGAGUGCUUAGACAGGAUCAAGGGCAUGACAGAACAAAAUCUAGUUAGACUGACAUCCUUGUUUGCUCUCUGCAUUAAAUGACAUUUUCUCUGAAGUGUUUAGAAGGAAACCCAGCAAAUACACACUUUAUUUUUCUUUAUCAGUGAUUUCUGCUGGGCUACAUGCUCAAACAUGGGGUGAGGUGUUUCUCAGAAUGGCCUCUUGAUGAAAACUUUUCUAUUUCUCAGAAGGAAGCAGUCAGGUCACAGCUUCUGGUUGUUUAAGUAGCAAACAAAAUAAUCCAUUUUCUGGUUGGUAGGCUCCUCAGCUCUGCUGCCUUGUGCUGAAAGAUCUUUGUUGCUCUAAUUACCUCUGCUGAAGCUCUUCUUUCACCUUCCAUUCAACACGUCAGUCAGAAGCAAUGGGGAUAUGUUAUGGAGUGCUCCUUUCUAGUAUUUCUAUUUUAAUGAAGGGAUGAAAGCGUUGGAUGUAUGAAUUUUUUUGACUUUGUAAGAAUGGCCUUUAUUAAGCAGGUUCCCAGUUCCUGCUCACUUCGGAGUGUCUGCCUUUGCUGGAUCAGUGGAACAGUGGCUGUGACAUCUGAUGUUUUACUUUCAUGUUCUGUCUCUGAUCUGGUGUUUAGUUAGACCUUGCUGCAGUCAGACAUGCCCUCAUAAUGUCAGCUCUAGAUUAAUGCAGUGUGCUUUACAUGGUACUUCCCUUGAACACCACUUGUAAACUUCUUCUAGUGCAGUUUGCUUCCUUCAGUGCUUUGAGAUGUUUUGAGAUAAAGAAACCUCUUUACUCUUUGUAUUUUGUGCUUUGCAUUGGCUACACCUUCUUCUGUGUUUGUAAAAUAUAGGACUUUAUAAAAUAAAGUUCUUGAGCUCUGCCCAUAUUCUUCUAUGUCAUUUAAAAUAUAUUGGUAUGUCUUUGAAGUUUUCUGGGAUUAGUAUCUCUAAGUUUGAGGAAUUUCCAGCUUUUUCUGUAGUGUCUGUUACAGGUUUGGGGCAAAGUGGAUGUGAUGAUUGGUUGAGCAUUUCAAAAGAUAAUUCAAAAUAUUAGAUUUUGUGUUUUGGAAUGUAGCUUUUGUCCAGGGACCACGUUAAUUAUUUCACUGGGUUUAUAUUUGUAAGACUUGGUAUUUGUUGAGCUUCAUGGGGCUCCUUUCAGGCAGGAGAUUGGUCAUAGGAGUCAGAGUUUUGGUUUUUUAAUGAGUGUGCAAGCCAGGUGUGCUCAGGACAGAAGCAGUCUCAGAAUGUGGUUCUGGUAUUGGAGCAAUUAAUAUCCUGCUUUAUCCUUGGGAGGAGGACAUCCAUGGAAUUACAGAGAAAGGCUGUGCAGCUACAUGGAUAUAUAACCACAAAUCCCUGGAGCAUUGCUAUUCAUAGAGAGAGAAGAUCCUUAUUUACACCUGCAUUUUGGCUCACGUGCCACUCACUACAUUUAUGGCCUGAAACGAUAAGAAAUAAGGGCUGAAAAAGCCAAGUGAAAUGUUUAUGGAGUUACAUGGUUAGGUCUAGAGCUCAUUCUAUUGCUCCUAUUUAGCAUUGGAUGAAUAUUUUAAUGUUUUAAGUCUUGAAAUAAGUGUAUUCUUGUUUUGUUCAUUGUAGAUUAGCUUUGUUUGACUUGCAUGUUUUUGUGUAUCCAGUUUCUCUGUGUUCUCUGUAUGGGAAGUCUUAAAAUGGUAAUAUCUCAACAUAUUUUAUGCAGAUUGCUUGGUUUCAGUUACCACUUGAGUUAAUGUUCAUUUGUGUCAAUGACAUGAUGGGCAAACCAUCAAGCAAAAGAUCAUGCAAUUGUUUUUUCAGAUUUUUUCAGAUCUUAUCCCCUGAUCAGAGAGCUUCUCUGCAGAAUGAUGGAUUCUCCCAGGAACUCUGUUACCUCUCCCAGUCUGUAGUCCCUGGUUAAACUGAGUGUUGAAUAACAGUCCUUGAGAGCACUUGGACAUUAUAAUUAUAUAUUUAUAUAUAUAAAUAUAUAUAUAUAUAAUAUUAUAAUUAUAAUUCCCAGCAGAUUGAGCCUUCCCAUCCAUCACAUCCUACAGUGAUAACUAAAAAUUGCUACCAGCUGCUGGUCAGGAUUAAAGGAAAAUGGAUCCUUCUCUUCCCUUUCUCAUUCUUCCCAUUGCAGAUCCCAACACUGUGUGUGCCUAGCAGUAUCUUAAGUUGCAUGCUGCUGUGUCAAAAUUAAGUGACAGAAAUUAAAGAAUCUUCCGACUUUUAACUGAUUUUCUUAGUGAGGAAUAUGGUUUGUAAGAAAUUAGUAAGCGCUGGAUGUUAUGUGAUAGAAAACUUCUGAAAAGUUUGGGCCUUUAGGCAAUUUUAGAGUUGCCAAAAAUGCUGCAAGAUAAAACACUUGGAAUAUUAAUUUAGUUCCUUUUCAGUGGGCAAGGAAAAUUUGAUAGUGCAAACAUCAGGCUUAAAGAAAGUCACCUUUGACUCACCAGGCAGUGCACAUAACACUGGGAGAGGUCACAGCAAUUGUGGUGGUUUCCUUGUCACAUUUUCAUCAUUUCCAACUUAAUAGUCCUUUUAUUUUUGAGUUAUGUUAGUGAUGACACCAAAAAAAUAUUGCUGCUAACCACCUUCAUUGUAUUUAAUUUCAGUUUGUUACAAUGACACGGAGAAGAAAUGAACUUUUCUUCUUGCUGGUAAUAUUAGACCAUAUUUAGAUGCUGGUUUGCACAAGUGGUAUUAUAUUAAAAUAUUAAGUAAGAUUUUUUUUUUCGUGUAGAUUAGCAUUGCUUGUUUGAUUUAGUGCUAAUGCUGGUAAGGGUUUAAGGAAAAGCAGCUAUCACUCUUUGAGAUGAUGAGCAAGGAGUACAGUCUGUGGAAAUGAAUCAGAAUCUAAGUGCCUGAUGGUGAUGCCAAACUGAUUUUUGCUUUUAUAUAUUCUUCAUAUACAUUUGUAGCUUUGUAGCUAUAUGAAUGAUAUAUAAAAGCAAAAAUUUGGCCUCAGUGGAGGUAACUUUGUUGUGCAGUGCCUGCAGCUCCUGCUGUGUUCCAGGCACUCUGUGCAAGCUCCUGCCCACCUUCAGCAGGGGGAUUUCGUCCUUUCAGAGGUGAGAAAUAAACGCCAAAGCGUAACAGGUUGAAAAAAGGUGGAAUUCUGCAGUCAAUACCUGUUUAUGUGAAUGCAAAAUGAUGAGGUUGGUGCUCUCAUUGUGAUGCUGGAGGGGAUUGAUCACCAGCUGUGGUUCUGAUGUGACUAAAGAGAGGCUGACAGUUGUUACAUUUUACUGAAUUUUGUCUGCUCCCCACACUUAGCUUCAAGCAUGUAUGUAAAUGCUUUUGUGGCUCAUGGUUCUAAUGUUUGAUAUGUUCUGUUUCUGAAAGACUUAAAGUUGAACUUAGUUUGCAUAUUUUGAAAUGUAAUGUACUCUUUAAUUGCAUUUGCAUGGCAUCCAUCCUUUCAUGAGAGCCUUAAUAGGAGUGAUAUUUGCUGCCUCAAAGGUACGUCAGUGUUGUGUCGUUCAAGAUAACUUCUGAACUUUUUCAAUCUGGGAUUUGUUUCUUAAGUUGUACAUAUAUGAAAAUAAAAGUUCAUAUGAACCUGA